AUGCCGUUUGUCAAAGCUGGAGACGUCGCGAACAAGAAAUUUGAUUAUGUUAUCGUCGGUGGAGGAACAGCGGGCCUUGUGCUCGCCACCAGGCUGUCCGAGGACCCCAACACAUCUGUCCUCGUCAUCGAAGCCGGCCCUGCCAACCUAGACGACAACCUGCUCCUCCGCCUCGCGUCCUUCGCCGCCCAGUUCGGCCAGGAGCAGUACGACUGGUUCUUCCGCACCGUUCCCCAAGAGAAAAGCGACGGGACGCAGUUCUUCUGGCCACGGUUCAUACGGCCCUCGGAGGCGCAGAUCAAGGAACAGGGACUGGACCUCGCGACCUGGGAGCUUGGGACUGAGGGCCCGAUCAAGUUGAUCGUCCCGCCUCGUGUUACCCCGGCCGAUUUGCAGUCCGCACAGACGCUACAAGCGGCGGGGAUCCCGCUCGCUCCGGCACCCCUCAACGGCGACCCGCGAGGAUGGUACCCCUUCCCGAUCACCGUCGACCCGAAGGGGUUCACGCGCUCGUACGCCACGACGGGCUACUAUCUGCCCAACGCGGCGCGCCCGAACCUCUCGCUGCUCCUCGAGGCGACGGUCACGAAGGUGCUCACGGAAAGCGCGGGCACGGGCACGGCGCUGAGCGCCACCGGCGUGCAGUUCACGCUUAAGGGCGACACCGGCACCGUGCACGCCGUGCACGCCGGCAAGGAGGUCAUCCUGUCCGCCGGCUCAAUCAAGACGCCGCAGCUGCUCGAGCUGUCUGGGAUCGGCAACAGGGAGAUCCUCGAGAAGCACGGGAUUACGGUCGCGCUGGACUUACCUGCCGUCGGUGAGAACAUGCAGGAGCACAGCUUCGUCGCCACCUCCUUCCAGUUCCGCGACGACCUUCCGUACGAGACGUUUGAUGUCCUGCGCGAUCCCACGCGCGCGGCCAAGGAGCUCGAGGCAUACGCCAAGGGCGAGGGCUUCUUCACGACCGCGCACCUCGGCUUCGUCUUCGCGCCCCUCGAGUGGCUCUCCCCGCGCGGCAAGGCGCUGCACGACGCGCACAAAGAAAAGUACGCGGCCAAGCGCGACGCGUACCCCGUUGGCCUGCGCGAGCAGUACGAUAUCAUGGUCGGCCGCCUGGACGGGCUCGCGCCCGGGUGCGAGCUGCUGCCGUUCGCGGGGUUCUCGUCGUUCCCGAAUCCGCCGGCGGAGGGUAAGAAGUACUUUUCGUACUACCUCUCGAUGAACCACCAGUGGUCGCGGGGGUCCACCCACAUCGCCUCGGCAGACCCGCAUGCGCAGCCUGCGAUCGACCCGAAGUACUUUGACGAGGAGAUCGACCUCGAGACGUUCGUGGAGACGAUCAAGUUUGUGCGCUCGCUCCGGAACUUCUCGCCCUUCAAGGAGCUGCUCGUCGACGAAGUCAACCCGGGGCCGAACGUGAAGACCGACGACGAUAUCCGCGCCUGGCUCAAGAAACACAUGUCCACCACAUUCCACACCGCGGGCACAGCGUCGAUGCUCCCCCGCGAGAAGGGCGGCGUCGUCGACCCCCAGCUGCGGGUGUACGGCACCGCGAACCUCCGCGUCGUCGACCUCUCCGUCGUCCCGCUCCUGUUCGCCGCGCACACACAAUCCGUGGUGUACGCGCUGGCGGAACAAGCGGCCGACCUCAUCAAAGGCGCGCUCUGACCGCGCGCGACGCAAACCUGUCGUCGCUUUCGCCUCUGUCGUCCCUGAAUAGGACGCCUGCGCGUGCCUCGAGCAUCUGGAAAUGUACUUUUAGGGAAAAUAACCACGUCUGUAGUAUGUACCCGCUUCGCACCCUGCAAUCUCAUAGCACGCGAUCGCCGAAAUAUGGCACUUU